AUGCCUAUAAUAACUAAUAAUGCUAUGACAAACAAUGGGUAUAGAAAGCAAAAUUUAGACCGAAAUUGCGGACCUGAUUCCGGAAAAAUGGAUUCUCGAUCAUCUUUUAUUUCAAGUGCAUUAGGCGCCGUCCCUUUGAUGGCGGUGUUUAUAACUUCUGCUGUCGACCUAGCUGAAGGCAUUUCUGACAAAGGUUCUAAUGAAAGCCAUGACUUUCCAUCCGGACGGGCAAAUGGAUGCAGUUGUUUAGCUAUCCGCCCAGGAAGAAGUGGCUCGCGAACAACCAGGCAUCUUCCAGGAUAUCGCCGCCAUCGUGGCCGGAUUUCAGAUUCAUUGGAAUCCAUCGGCAAGGUCGGCGAAAUUUCAUUUGGUUGCUUUUUUGAUUCUGUAUUUAUUGCGCGUAAAAAUAGGGGACAAUAUUAA